AAAUACAACACCCAAGUCCCAAAUCAAUUGGGAGUUGGGUUUCUCCCCAUUUUUCAUCUCUCUUAGAACAAACGAAAAACAAAGGGAAUAAGAGAAGAAGAGAAAGACUUCACCACCUUGUCAAAAUACAACUCCCAAGUCAUUUGGGAGUUGGGUUUCUCCCCAUUUUUCCGUCUCUCUAAGAACAACCACAGAAGCUAACACCUAUUACUCUCCAUCUCUCUCCAUUCUCAUCGCUUCCACCAUUGUUAUGCUUGGAGUUCCUUGUUUUUGACACAAGCCAUUUGCUUGAAUCAAUAAUGGUUCGAGUUCUUGAUCAAGACCAGGAGCCUUACAAGUCUAAAUUAGUUCAUUUUAAAGGAAUGUAUGAGAAUGGAGGGCGACAAACUCAGAGAUCAACAGCAGAGAGUUCUAGUGGGGCAGAGUCUCCCCCAGAUGAUAGGAUGAUCUCAAGGUCAAAAGCUUUGGGUGCUCACCGCUCCAGGUAUGAUAGCGCUGGGGCUGGGAGUCAUAGCAAAGAUAACAGACCCUCAGACAUUGAAUUGAUGAAAGAGAGGUUUUCAAAGCUGCUUUUGGGAGAGGAUAUGUCUGGUCAUGGAAAGGGUGUUUCAUCAGCUUUGGCACUGUCAAAUGCCAUUACGAAUGUUGCUGCUUCUGUCUUUGGGGAACUACGGCGUUUAGAGCCCAUGCCAGUAGAGAGGAAAACAAUGUGGAGAAGAGAAAUUGAUUGGCUAUUGUCUGUUAGUGAUCAUAUUGUUGAAAUGGUUCCUCAACAAAGAUCGAAAGAUGGAACCAGUAUGGAGGUAAUGGUGACUCGGCAACGAUGUGACCUUCUUAUGAACAUCCCUGCCUUACGCAAGCUUGAUGCAAUGCUUAUUGACACCCUAGAAAACUUCAAAGACCAAAAGGAGUUCUACUAUCCGUCUGGAGAUGCUAAAGAUUCCAGCAGAGAAGACAGCCAGAGAACAAGUGACAAAUGGUGGAUACCUAAUGCUAAAGUUCCCCCAAAUGGUCUAUCUGAGGUAACAAGGAAGUGGCUGCAGUUUCAGAAGGAUUCUGUGAACCAAGUGCUUAAGGCAGCCAUGGCCAUAAAUGCUCAAAUUUUAUCAGAAAUGGAAAUACCUGAAAACUACAUUGAAUCCCUCCCAAAGAAUGGGAGGGCAAGCCUUGGAGACUCAAUCUAUAAGAGUAUCACAGUUGACCACUUCGAUCCUGGGCAAUUUCUCUCUACCAUGGACUUGUCAUCUAACCGCAAGAUCCUUGACCUUAAGAACAGGAUUGAGGCAUCCAUUGUGAUUUGGAAGAGGAAGAUGCACAAUAAAGAUGGAAAGUCUGCUUGGGCUUCAGCCGUUAGCUUGGAGAAGAGAGAACUCUUCGAAGAGAGAGCAGAGACCAUCUUACUCAUAAUCAAGCAGCGAUACCCUGGAUUAGAUCAAUCUCAACUAGACAUUCACAAAAUCCAGUUCAAUCAGGAUGUGGGACAUGCUAUUUUGGAAAGUUAUUCACGAAUACUAGAAACCUUGGCCUUCACAGUCCUUUCCCGUAUUGAAGAUGUUCUGUAUGCUGAUUCUCUCGCUCAAAAUCCAGCUCUCGCAUCAUGCAAGAGGAAUCCUUUAAGAGGCUCCUCAUCGGAUCCGGAGCCACUGAACUUCCCAAACCCGAAAGAAGAGAUAGAGAAGCUGUCUACAGGGACACCCCAAUCGAUGACAUUGUCAGACUUCAUGGGUUGGAAUUUGGAGAAGGAAGAUGGCGAAGAGAAGAAGGGUUCCGGGGGGAAUUCAGAGGAACUCUCCAAAAAUGAUGAGAAGCCUAUGACCAAAAUUGCAAAUAUUAUAACCAACAAAAAAGUAUCCUACAUAGAGAAGCUUGAGAACCUGGGUGGUCUAAGAAGCCCAACAGCACGCCAUUGAUAACAAAAUUAGAGAGAAAGAUUAAAACCUGAGAGGGAGGGAAUGAUACAGAGAAAUUCAAGGAGGAGAGGGCUUCACCUAGAAAUGUAAUAUUUCAGAUCCAAACAUAACUUCUUUUGGAGUUGUGUAUUUUUUUUUCCUCCUCUUACUUCUUUCCUUCAGCAACUAGGAAGGGAUGAGUAAAACUAUGUGUUUUCCAAGCAUUUUUAAAUGUGCUUUCUUUGGUAUUUGAAUGGCUCUGUAGACUUGCAGCCACUAAAAUAUGUCAUUCUUAAUUUUCCUAAGGGUUCAUGCA